AUCCCCGACCAAAAUCCCCCCGAAUCUAGUGCCGAAGAGAAACGAGAAAUUACCGUAAAACGCGACUGAUCAUGGUGGAGAGCAGCGAUGUUUACAUCAGCUUCGAUAGAUGGGAAGAUACGGUGCGGUACUCCUUCAUCAGCCACCUCGCCGCCGCUUUCCACCGCAAAGGAAUAUCCUCGUUCGUCGGCGGCUCCGAUCCGGAAAGCAAUGGAUUCGCCAGGGUAGCCAUGGAGAAAUCGAGGGCUUGUGUAGUGGUUUUCUCCGGAAAAUACUCGUCAUCAAAGCCAUGCCUAGAGGAGCUAGUCAAUGUUUCCGAACGCCGGCGAAACAACGGUCUCGCGGUGGUUCCGGUGUUUUUCCCGGUCACGAAAUUGUUUGUGAAGAAACAAAUCUGGAAUUUGGGCCAUGUUAGAAGCGAAUGGCAAAGCGCUCUAUUGGAAACUGCAGAGUUACCAGGCCACCAAUUAUACGAUAAGCAAAGUGACUCCGAAUUUGUACAAGAGAUUGUCGCUCAUGUGCGUGAAAAGCUCAAAAUCACAAAAAACAUUGGAAUCUACUCAAAGUUGCUGAUGAUAGAAAACUUGCUCUGUAAGCAACCAUGGGGUGGUGUUCGAAGCAUAGGACUAUGGGGUAUGCCUGGAAUAGGCAAGACAACACUUGCUAAAGCUAUCUUUGAAGAAAUGUCUGGUGACUACGAGGCUGCUUGCUUCGUCAAAGAUUUUAACAAGGAGUUUCAUGACAAUGGGCUUUACCGUCUGUUAGAGCAACACUUUGGGAAAAUUCUUAGGGAAGAGCUUGGCGUAAAUGGUUUAGUUAAAAGACCGAUCCUCCUUAGAAACGUUUUACGCCACAAAAGACUUCUUGUCAUUCUUGAUGAUGUGCGCAAGCCUUUAGAUGCAGAGUUGUUUCUUGGAGGGUUUGAUUGGUUUAGUCCGGGAAGCUUGAUUGUCAUCACUUCAAGAGAUAAGCAAGUUUUUUCACUUUGCCGGGUCCAUCAAAUAUAUGAGGUUCCAGGUUUAAAUGAGGAAGAGGCUCUGCAGCUAUUUUCGCGGUGUGCAUCUGGAAACGAUGAGAGUCUGCAGAAACUAUCAAUGAUGGUGCUUGACUAUGCAGAUGGAAAUCCUCUAGCUCUAAAGUUUUUUGGAAGAAAGACGAGGAAGAAUCCAAAAGAAACAGAGAACGCAGUCGUCACACUCGAGCAAUCUCCUCCAGAUGAGAUUCAUGAUGCAGUCAAGAGCACAUAUGAUUCACUCUGUUCCAACGAGAAGAACAUAUUUCUUGAUAUUGCGUGUCUUUUCAGAGGAGAAAAUGUCGACUGCGUGAUGCAUCUGCUUCAAGAGUUUGGUUUUUUUCCACGUGUUGAAAUCAGUGUUCUUGUUGAGAAAUGUUUGGUGAGUAUCUCAAAAGGCAGGGUGGUAAUGCAUAAUCUGAUCCAAAACAUAGGUCGCAAGAUUAUCAAUGGAGAUAAGAGGCGUUCCAAAUCCAGACUGUGGGAACCUUUGAGGAUUAAGUGUUUUCUAGAAGAUGAACAAGUUUUGUACAGUGAAGAAAUCGAAGCCAUAUUUCUGGACCCAUCUGUCUUAAGCAUUGAUCUCAACCCUAUGGCAUUUGAGAAAAUGUACAAUCUUAAAUAUCUGAAGAUUUGCAGUUCCAAACCUGGAAACUAUCCUGCUCUAAACUUUCCCAAGGGACUUGAAUGUCUACCAGAUGAGUUAAGGUUGUUGCACUGGGAAAAUUUUCCAUUGUUAUCCUUACCACAAGGUUUUGACACUAGGAAUCUUGUUGUACUCAACAUGUGUUCUUGUAAACUUCAGAAACUUUGGGAAUGAAAUAAGGAACUUGGGAUGCUGAAGAGGAUCAAGCUUUGCCAUUCACAACAACUAGUUGAUAUUCAAGAACUUCAAAAUGCUCGAAAUAUUGAGGUAAUUGAGCUCCAAGGUUGUAGAAGACUACAAAGAUUUCUAGACACGGGUCAUUUCCACCAUCUUCGGGUGAUAAAUCUAUCUGGUUGCAGAAAGAUCAAAAUUUUCCCAGAGGUUCCACCUAAGAUUGAGGAGUUGUAUCUCAAACAAACUGGGAUAAAAUCAAUACCAACUGUGACCCUCUCUUCACAAGAUAACUCAUUCACCUAUGAUCAUGGAGGUGACAAGCUCUUGAAUCUAGAAGACUCGUCUGAUUCGAAAAGUCUGUCAAUCAUGGUUUAUUUGGAAUACCUCAAAGUUCUUGAUCUGUCUCAUUGCUUAGAGCUAGAGUAUAUUCAGGUUAUUCCUAAAGCUCUCAGAAAGUUAUACCUUGGUGGCACCGCCAUACAAGAACUGCCUUCGCUCGUGGAUCUCUCUGAACUUUCUGUAUUAGAUUUAGAAAACUGCAAACAGCUUCAAAAGCUACCUAUGGGAAUGAGUAACUUGAAUUCUCUUGUGGUUCUUAAUCUCUCUGGAUGCUCAGAGCUUGAAGAUAUUCAAGGUAUCCCAAGAAACUUGGAAGAGUUAUACCUUGCUGGGACCGCUAUACAAGAAGUGCCAUCAUCAAUCAAGUAUCUCUCAGAACUUGUCAUAUUAGAUUUGCAGAAUUGCAAAAGGCUUCAACAUCUUCCGGUGGAAAUUAGUAACUUAAAAUCUCUUGUCACACUUAAGUUAUCGGAUUCAUCUGGGAGGAUGUCCACAUCAGAAAUCGGCAUGGGUGAUUUGAAGCAUCUUCUCUUGGCUUUUAAUGAGAAUGCAGAUCAGCGUCGAGAUUAUUUCCCCCAGCCAAGGCUGCUAUCUUCAAGUUUACAUGGCUUGGUCCCAAGAUUUUAUGCCUUAGUAUCUUUGUCCCUCUGCAAUGCUUCCUUGAUGCAUAUACCUGAAGAGAUUUGUUCCUUGCCUUCAGUAACGGUAAUGGAUCUUGGUCGGAAUGGUUUCAAGAAAAUCCCUGAAAGCAUAAAGCCGUUAUCUAAACUGCAUAGCCUUAGAUUACGACACUGUAGAAACCUCAUAUCGCUUCCAGAGCUUCCCCAAAGCCUGAAGCUCUUGAACGUACAUGGUUGUGUAUCCCUACAGUCAGUUUCAUGGGCGUCUGAGAACUUUCCUAGUCACUACACCUUGAACAAUUGCUUCAAUAGGUCUCCAGAAGUGGCUAGAAAACGAGUAGUAAAAGGUCUGGCUAAAGUAACCAGCAUUGGCAAAGAACAUGAGCAGGAACUCGUCAAAGCGCUUGCAUUUAGCAUUUGCGCUCCUGCAGAUGGAAAUCAGAGAUCCUCUUAUAAUUUGCGGACAGGUUCAUUUGCAAUGCUAGAGCUAACUUCUGCCUUACGAAAGACACUCUUGGGCUUUGCUAUCUUCGUUGUAGUUACGUUUUUGGAUGAUAGCCACAACAACGCUGGUCUUGGCGUUAGGUGCAUAAGCAAAUGGAAGGCUAAGAAAGGGGCAUCUCGUAAAGUAGAGAAAGUUUUUAGGUGUUGGGCUCCGAGAGAAGCUCCUGAGGUACAAAGGGAUCACAUGUUUGUGUUUUAUGAGGAUGCCGAAAUGCAUAAAAGUGGUGGCGAAGGAAACGAAUCUAGAAUACUGGCUGAUCAUGUUGAAUUUGAAUUCCAAGCAGUAAAUGGGAGAAACAAGGUUCUAGGCGGUAAUUGCAUGGUGACAGAAUGUGAUGUUUGUGUUAUAACAGCUGCAACUGGUGCGGCGAGUCUGAGUGUAAUAAGUGCAAGUAAGGAUAUGAGUUUAAGAGAUAAGCCUUCUCCGAAGCUUUCAAGUGUGUUCCGUAAGCUUCGAUUUAGGAGCACUGGGAGGUUUGUUAGUUGUGCAUCUGCCUAG